UUCUGCACAGUAAAAAAAAAAACAUUUAUCUCGGUGCUGCGCCUGCCAGCUGAUAGAUGCGCGUUCCCGUCGGGGGCAGUCGUUUUUCGACAAGCAGUCUCUUAUCGGCACUACACCGGCAGAGGACGUAUUGACUCACUUUCUAGAAGACGUAAAUAUCACUCAUACAGCAAUAAUUAAUUUAUUUUAGUACAUGAAACGGACGGUAACUAGUGAAAGAGUGCGUCGUAAUUGUUUAUGUAGAGUUAGCGAUCGCAGAAUACACUGGUUACAGAGUUGUUUCCACCCGAGACACUGAGGAGGGUGCACACCAACAUCGUUGGCACUAAACAAUACAUGAAAGCGUCCGUAUGUCGGUGUUUUUCAUACACUUAUAUGAAAUAAGAUUCUUGAAAAAGAAAUAAGUGGCUCCACUUUCACUGAAUACGGGACACGCGCGCUCCCGUGAGGGGUACUUGCACCACCGGAACGUCACAGUUGUAGCACCAGCGGAGGUAAACAAACACAAAAGCUAGCAGCGUUAGCUCCAGUCCGUACUCGACGGCUCGACAUCCACAGCGGGAAGGCGGUGGUUUGGUCGUGUGUCGCAGGGUAAAUAUUCCAGCUUUUAUCGACGCAGCGAUGUCUUCGCGUCAGCAUUUGAGACAUUUAAUCACCGAGCGACUAGCUGCUGCUGCCGAGGAAAUAUUCUCAGCCUUCGAACAAACAAUCGUCGACUACGAGGAAGAGGUGAAUCGUCAGCGCAAACUGUUGGAGAUCGUUUGCAAACCUCGAGUAAAGUUACAGCGAAUAGAGCUUCCACAGCAGCAUGUCUUUAAAGAGGGGGAGGUUCUCACUGAGCAGCAGCUCUGGAACCAAGAGAGGAAGUCCAGUCUGGACCAAGAGGAACCAGAGUCUCUACAGAUGAAAGAGGAUCAGGAGGAAACCUGCACCAGUCAUGAGGGAGAACAGCUUCAAGUGAAGCAGGAGGCUGAUAUAAUCAUGUUGACUCUUGGUCAUGUGGAAAGUAACCUCAUGGAACCAGAACCAGACAGUGACCGCCAGCUCCUCUCUCACAGCUCUGCUGUAGCCGAGAGUCAAGAUCAGACAGGAAGCAAAUAUGUUGACUUUGUGUUUAAUAGAAAUGCAGAGUUAGAGAGAAGUGACGGGAACAACAUGGACAACUGUCACACAUCAGAGAUUCGGUUUGAAACUCAAACAGGUCAAAGCUCUUUAGAAUGUGAAACUGGUGGAAAUGAAUACGUCCAUACGCAUGAGUUUGAUUUACAUCAGAGAGAGCAACCAUAUUAUUGCAAUAUAUGUGGCAAAUGCUUAACAACCAAAUCUGGUUUGUCUUGUCACGUGAGAACUCACACGGGCGAGAAGCCCUACACCUGUGAGACGUGCGGACAGUGUUUUAGACAAAGUUCGACCCUGAUGAAGCACAGGAGAGUUCACACAAACGAGAAGCCAUUUUCCUGUGAGACGUGUGGACAGCGUUUUAGAGAGAGAUCGAAUUUGAAAGUCCACAUGAGAACCCACACGGGCGAGAAGCCGUACUCGUGUGAAACGUGUGGAAAGCGCUUUCUACGAAGAUCAAAUUUGAACGUCCACAGAAGAACUCACACAGAGCUUCCACAGCAGCAUGUCUUUAAAGAGGGGGAGGUUCUCACUGAGCAGCAGCUCUGGAACCAGGAGAGAAACUCCAGUCUGGACCAAGAGGAACCAGAGUCUCUACAGAUGAAAGAGGAUCAGGAGGAAACCUGCACCAGUCAUGAGGGAGAACAGCUUCAAGUGAAGCAGGAGGCUGAUAUAAUCAUGUUGACUCUUGGUCAUGUGGAAAGUAACCUCAUGGAACCAGAACCAGACAGUGACCACCAGCUCUUCUCUCACAGCUCUGCUGUAGCCGAGAGUCAAGGUCAGACCGGAAGCAAAUAUGUUGACUUUGUGUUUAAUAGAACUACAGAGUUAGAGAGAAGUGACGGGAACAACAUGGACAACUGUCACACAUCAGAGAUUCGGUUUGAAACUCAAACAGGUCAAAGGUCUUUAGAAUGUGAAACUGGUGGAAAUGAAUCCGUCCAUACGCGUGAGUUUGAUUUACAUCAGAGAGAGCAACCAUAUUAUUGCAAUAUAUGUGGCAAAUGCUUUACAACCAAAGCUGUUUUGUCGGGUCAUGCGAGAACUCACACGGGCGAGAAGCCCUAUACCUGUGAGAUGUGUGGACAGUGUUUUAGACAAAGUUCGACCCUGAUGAAGCACAGGAGAGUUCACACAAACGAGAAGCCAUUUUCCUGUGAGACGUGUGGACAGCGUUUUAGAGAGAGAUCAAAUUUGAAAGUCCACAUGAGAACCCACACGGGCGAGAAGCCGUACUCAUGUGAAACAUGUGGAAAUUGCUUCCCACGGAGAUCAAAUUUGGUACGGCACAAGAGAACUCACGCAAGUGAGAGGCCAUAUUCCUGUGACAUGUGUGGAAAGUGUUUUGGACAAUCGACUACUUUGGUACGGCACAAGAGAACUCACGCAGAUAAAAACCUGUAUUUGCAACAAUUCUGAGGAUUCCUUGGGGUAUAGACAUAACUCGAUGAUCCAGAUGAGAACUCACUCAGGUGAGAAGUCAUACCUCUGCAGCACCCGUGUCAACUCAUUUGGAGACAGGAAUAACAAAAGGAAACUGUAUAGUAAUUAGUAAUAAAAAAAAACACCCAUAAUAAUUUUUUUCUCUCCGGGAACCCAGAAAAAGACACCGAAUUAACAGUGACAGUUUUUUUUCUCUCCGGUACCAUGCAGCUACUGUACCACACAGUGAUGCAGGAGGUGAGGAUGCUCUCCACAGCAAAUCUGUAGAAGGUGGUGAGGAGGGCGAGUCUCAGUCCUGUCUGCCUCAGCUUCCUCAGUUUUUACCAAACUGCAGGAUCUUUACCCCAAUUCAACAACUUCGGAGUCAACAGUUUUCACAGUUAUGUGAUAGUUCUGCCACAUGUUAGUGGAAAACCAGCCUUGCAAAAUCAGGGUCGCUGACCCGGCGUCCUCAGAAUCAGGUUCAGGUCUCACGAGAAACACAAAUUCCUUCAAGUACCAGUUAUAGGGCAAAAAAGAGGCAGAGAAAACUGUUGCUGGAGGAAGAUGAAGAAAGUGUCAGCGAUGACUUUGUGCUCGAUUUGUUUGCUGCGGAAGCUUCUACUUCCUGCGCGUGUCAAAAUACUCGUUCAAAAUACGUUCAGACUGAAUUGAUGCAUGUUUGCGCACACUAGGAUCGUUCGAUUUCGCGUCCCUGCAAACGGUACAAUUGUAAAUGGUAACAAUUUUUCUCGGAAUUAAGAGAUUUUGCAUGUGUAAUUAGAAUUACUGUUCGUAUGGAUGCACUGAUACAGUGCCGGGUCCGAUGCUGCCCUUGUGUUCUCGUAAAACUGCAACGAUACUGAAGAAGAUGCACUUUACGUAUCUUCAAGUGAGCUGAGCAGGUGUGUCAAACAAAAUGUGGCAUACAAUACUGGAAAUAAAAGCUGAAAUACUGAUCUCUUGUCUUAUAUUUAUCUUUUAGAAUGAUCUAUUGUUGUAUUUUGUUCAUAGUCAAAGUGUGGCAGAUAAAAGGUUAUUAAGUUAUAAAGUACUCAGUACUCGGGAAAGACAUCGUACCGUACUUGUACUCGGUGCGAGUUAAAGCGAUAUCGCUGCAUCCCUGAUUGUUCGUGAUGGCUCAAGUUGUUUCAAUUUCUCAUGUUGUGCCAUUUAUGUAGAAUAAAUGUUAAUUUAUAAAGUGUGUAUAAAGUCA